CGUCUGUCUUUUUUUUUUUUUUUUCCUUCAGCCGCAAAUUCUUCAGUCGAAUACGAAUUUAAGAUAUUCCCGGUCGGAAAGGUUAAUAAUUUCCUAGGCUUUUAAUAUGGAGUUGGAAUUUGAAUCAAGGUAUGACAUUAAUCGUACGGCGGAGUUCAUUAUCAGCAAAAGCUUCACCAGAAUUGCUUUACAGUUCCCGGAUGAGUUGUUAAAGGAUUCGACUAAGGUCGUGAGUGCUCUUAAGAGCAAAACUCGUUUGCUUACUGACAGAGAAGUCAGAUUCUUUGUUAUGGCGGACACAACUUAUGGUAGUUGCUGCAUUGAUGAAGUUGGAGCCUUGCAUAUUGAUGCUGAAUGUGUUGUUCAUUAUGGUCAAACAUGUCUAAGCCCGACAUCGGCUCUUCCAGCAUUCUUCGUUUUCGGGAAAGCUUCGAUAAACAUCUCGAGCUGCGUUAAGCAUUUGGUAGAUUAUGCAUCAAAGAGCGAUAAGCCUAUUAUGAUUCUUUAUGGGCUAGAAUACGCCCAUGUGAUUCCGCAUAUCCGAGAAGAAUUAGGAUUAUCAGAGACUGAAUCUCAAUUGAAGUUCUCUGUAGCCAAUGUCUUGUGUUCAUUUAUUAGUCCAUCCAAAGACCCUAGAGAAUCCAUGGAGCAUCCGAGACCAUAUAGUGAUAGCUUAUCCUCAUCUAGAAACUAUAGACUGGGAGGGCUAACUUGGGACUUGCUAGAAGGAAGCAAAAUCGAGGACUAUCUACUUUUCUGGAUCGGUUCUGACAAUUCAGCUUUCGCCAAUGUAGUACUGACCUUCAAUGGUUGUGACAUAGUCAGAUAUGAUGCUGAAGAAGAUUCUUUGGUGACGGAAUUUCAUCAACAAAGAAGGAUACUUAUGCGACGAUACUACUUGGUGGAAAAAGCCAAGGAUGCAAAUAUUAUAGGUAUUUUGGUAGGGACUCUUGGUGUUGCUGGUUACCUUCAUAUGAUUCACCAUAUGCAAGCACUCAUAUCUGCAGCUGGCAAAAAAUCUUACAUUCUUGCCAUGGGACGGCCUAAUCCGGCCAAACUCGCAAACUUCCCCGAGUGCGAUGUAUUCAUCUACAUCUCAUGUGCCCAAACCGCUCUUUUAGAUAGCAAAGAGUUCAUGUCCCCUGUCAUAACUCCGUUUGAAGCGAAUCUUGCUUUUAGCAGAGGGAGUGAAUGGACAGGCGAAUACCUAAUGCAAUUCCAAGAUGUGAUCAACUCUGUAAAAUUAGAAUCAGAAGCACAUAGCGAAUCAGAGGAGCCACGGUUCUCUUUCUUUCAGGGUGGUUACGUAGAAGAUCACAAAAGAAACGAUCAAGCUAAGAAUGGAGAAGAAGACGCAGGAGAGACAAUGGCUCUGGCACGAACUGCAGAGAAAGCAUUGCAAUUGAAAGAGAAAGAUCAUAACUCGCUCACUAAACAAACUGCUGCAAAAUCAGGACCCGAGUAUUUCCUCAGCCGUGCUUAUCGCGGUUUGGAGAUAAAUAGUGAUAAUACUUUGCCGGAGGCUUAUAUAGUUGGGAGAAGCGGGAAGGCGUCUGGAUACAGGCACGAGUAGCAGUAACCUCAAGAAGUAGACUUGUUGACAAAGAAACAUAAGUGUAAUAUGUCAGAAACUGAUUUUUUUUUUAAUAAGUUUUGUUUUCGUUUUACUGAUUUCGUAAUAUUGUUGGAUGGGAGAAUGUUUGGGUUUUGUUCGAAAAGAAACAAAACUCUUGUCUUUGUCCUGUGUGUUUUUUGUUGUUGUUGGUUGUAUGUUAUUGGCCUCUCGCCUCUGACUGGGUUGGUUAUCAUCAAUA